GGCCCGGUGAAGCAGACGAGGCCUAUCAGGCCCGGAUGCUGGCUUGGAGUACCGAGACAAAGAAACGGGCAGAUGACGCAGCUGCAGCAGCGAAGAAGAAGGCAGAGGAUGCCGAGCGGGCACGUCUGCUGGCGAUUGAACAGCAGCGCCAACAUGACGAGGCAGCAACAAGGGCUGCCGAUGAAGAGAGACAACAACGUCGUGAGAAGAUCUUUACCAGAGAGCAGGCGUUACUUACAAUGGCAGCGGAAUGGCGGACCGAGGCCGAGAAUAGCCAGUUGGAGGAUAGCGCAAACAAGAUAGCGCUCCUCCUCUCGCAUCUCACAGACUUCCUGGCAACCUGCAUUACACAACAGGAGGAGAUCCACGGUCUCGACAACUCGCUAGCUCGCGUCCAAGACCGCCUUCAGCGGUUGGAGCAGCGACCAGUCGCCGCCGCCGACGCAAGCUCUUCCAACACUUCAGACCGCCUCAACGCAUUGGAGAUGGACAUCGGCUCACUCAAGGAUGGGGUGAAAUUGCAGCAGACUGCGACACAACAAUUGCAAGAGCGGAUCUGCACUACCGCCAACACCUCGAGUUCGGAACCGCGCGAGACAACUCCAAAGUUCGAUGGGCAGGAGAUCUUCUGCGACUCAAUGAAGACAUAUCCGGAUGCAUGGUUUCGCAAGUUCGAGCUCACGCUCCAGCUCCACAACGUCAAGGAACACAAGCACCACGCAUACUUGUACUCUCGCUCAGGGGGCGCGUGUCAGGCUUGGUUGGACAACCUGUUGUCCAAGUACAGAGUGGUAGCCAACGACUUGCAAACCAAGCUCAGUUGGGAUGAUCUGAAGGCGGCGUGGCACAAGCGGUUCCAGGUGGAGCUGCUGGAGAUCAAAGCCAUGGACAAGCUCAUGGUCUUCGAGCAAGGCACGCUGCCGAGUACGGACUGGAUCGCCGAGUACCAACGCUUGACAUCAGUUGGGCAAGCGUCCUGCAGCGCUUUGCUGGAUAGCGGCGCGUCUCGCAACUUCAUGAGCCAAUCCUUUAUGCAAAGGGCUGACCUUGGCGCACAAGUUCGGAGGAAGGCAAACCCGACGGCGAUCAAGUUGGCGGAUGGAAAGACGCAACAACUUCUCGAUCGUUACAUCGAGGCCGUACCGGUCUACUUCGCACCUCAUGCAUGCGAACCGGUGACAUUCGAUAUUCUCGACACGGACUUUGACAUCAUUCUGGGAAUGCCUUGGCUUGCAAGUGCGGAUCACACGGUCAACUUCCAUCGGCGGACUCUUAGCGUCCGCGACGCCUUCGGCGCGGAAGUGGCGUGUACUAUUCCUCUACCGCACACUUCGAUCCGGUGCCAAGUGGUCACGGCCAAAUCAUUCCGGGCGACUUGCGCUUACGAGCAGCCCAAGGAGAUCGGCCUAUGUUUCCUACGGACCGUCGCGGUAGCCGACUUCUCACCCACGGACUUGUCUUCGGACCCCCGUGUGGUGCGGUUGCUGGACGAGUUCGCCGAGAUCUUCGAGUCACCUACCGGUGUGGUGCCGGAUCGGCCGAUCUCUCACGAGAUCAUUCUUGAGGCCGGUGCCGUACCAAUGACCAAUGAAUUCCGUGCAAUGUUGGACCGGUUCGUGCUGGUCUACAUAGACGAUAUUCUCGUCUAUAGCCGGUCAUUGGAGGAUCAUCUUGGACAUCUUCGACGAGUGUUGGAGAUGCUCCGCCACGCCAAGUACAAGGCCAACCGCGACAGGUGUGAAUUUGCCCAGCAGGAGCUGGAAAACUUGGGCCAUUUUGUCACACCGGAGGGCAUCAGUCCGCUAUCGGACAAGAUUCAGGCCGUCCAGGAGUGGCCGGAGCCUCGGAACGUCACGGAUGUCCGCUCGUUCCUCGGUCUUACCGGCUACUAUCAGCGCUUCAUCAAAGGCUACUCCAAGACCGCGGCCCACUUGAACAAGCUUCAAUGCGAGGAUCGACCGUUUGACUUUGGAGAGGAGGCGCGGGGGUCAUUCUUCGCUCUCAAAGCCGCGCUAUUGUCUGCGGAGGUCUUGCGGAUAUACGACCCGCUCUCACCUACGCGCGUCACUACGGAUGCGUCAGGCUAUGGCAUUGGUGCAGUCCUCGAGCAACAUGAUGGUGUGGACUGGCACCCGGUCGAGUACUUCAGCAAGAAAGUGCCCAUCGUGCAUUCCAUUGACGAUGCACGCAAGAAGGAGCUCCUCGCCUUCGUCCACGCGCUCAAGCGGUGUGUUGUACAUGAGCGUGGUUCCGUAGGCAUUGAAGAGCUGUUUCCAGAAUUUGGAGAGAAAGCGGGGGUCACGAUCACUGAUGAUAUUCUCGGGGAGGCCGUGGUGUCGGGCGACAUGGUCGAAGAAGAGAAUGGCAAUGUCUUUGGCGUUGUGCGAGGUGGUAUAUGGGAUGAAGUGAGCGCGUUUGGCUUUGACGUCGGCAAGGAGGGAAGGCCAAUGGAAGUAACGGGAGAUGGUGUCAAAGGUUUUCUGGAAACCAAGGUGGCCAGCAGUCUUGGCGUCGUGGUGCUCGGCCAAGAACUGGGUGCGGAGGCCACGGGCGUCAGGGAUGCAAAGUCGGCGAGUGCCUUUGGUGUCUAUGUAGAGAAGGUUGUCAUGGAGAGAGUAGUUGGGGACGGGGUCCAGGUCGCGGAGCUUGUUGUAGAUUUCAGAGAAGUCUGGGCAAGAGAGGUAUCCUUGGGUGUAGCGAUGGUGGAGCGAUGGCAGGAGUUGGAUGUGGGUCAUGGAGGCAUAGACUUUCUCAGGGGGCUUGUGGUCGGAGCGGCUGGAGAGGGCAUCGGCAACACGGUUGCUUUUGCCGGGGGUGUGGCAAAUGGUGAAGGUAAAUUGGGCAAGGAGGUCUAGCCAGCGGACUUGGCGAGAUGUCUUUCUUGGUCAAGAUAGAGGACACGACGAUGUUGUCGGUACGGAUGGUGAAGUAUUGCCCGUC